AUGAGCCGACAAAAAACUUCUCCAGGUAUACCAUUACCACCUUCAUCAACUUAUUCAAGUAAAUAUUCCACACCGGCACGUUCAGUACCACUCGGAACAACUACAAAUGUUGCCGCAAUAGCAAGAUCUAUUAAUAAUAUGAGCAUAUCAGCUGGAACUAGUCGAACGCCGUCGUCAACUGAACGACCACUUCGAUCAACCAGGAUUACUUCGCUUCGAACGGGAUCGUCUAGUCAAGAUCGAUCAAAUGUCCAAACAAAUGGAAUUACUCAUGACCAUACAGAACAAACAAUGAAUCCUACAGCGACUGUUUAUAGUAUCUCUUCGAAUAAUGAAUCUUCAAUUUCAAAAAUCUCAUCAACCGCAACUGCAGUACCGAAGACAACAACAAAUUCUCAAUCAAAUUUAAUGAAUGGUGGCCUAUGCGGUCUACAGAAUCUCGGAAACACAUGUUUUAUGAAUUCGGUACUACAAUGUUUAUCGAAUACAAAACCUCUUUUAUUGUAUUGUUUGGAAGAGAAUCUCGACGAUCAAUUGAACACAUCAACAACAAGCGUGAUGAAAGGCGUUCUAAUGAAAGAAUAUGCUAGUUUAAUUCGUAAGAUGUGGUUAUCAUCCGACAAGCGAUCGAUUGUUAGUCCAUCGUCUUUCAAGAAUACGAUUGGAAAGUUCGCUCCACGUUUUACGGGUUAUUCCGAACAAGAUUCACAAGAAUUUCUACGGUAUCUUUUGCAAGGCUUGAGCGAAGAUGUGAAUCGAGUACGGAUUAAGCCAGCAGCGAUUACUGUUGACGAAAAACAAGAAGAACGAAUGAGGGAAAUCGAUCGCGCGAAAGCCAGUUGGCAACGCUGCUUAAAAUAUGAGAAUAGUCGACUCGUUGAUAUCUUCGCUGGCCAGUUAAAAAGCACUCUAGAAUGUUCGUUUUGUCAAUAUCAAUCGAUAACCUUUGAUAUGUUUUGGGAUCUAUCGAUACCUUUGCCACGUGAUAAAUCAUCAACUAGUUUACAAGAAUGUUUUCAAUUAUUUAUGAACAAAGAAGAACUUGAUGGCGACGAGAAACCGAUGUGUGCUAAAUGUAAACAAAAACGUCGAUGUACCAAACAACUCUCAAUUCAGAAAUGUCCCGAAAUUCUUGUUCUUCAUCUCAAACGUUUUUCUCAAUCUUUUGGUCGAGGGAAACUCAACAAUUUAGUAAAAUUUCCCAUCGAAAACCUUCGACUCAACGAGUUCAUAUCCGAAAGUGCCGAAGGACCACCCCCAAUCUACAAUUUAUUCGGCAUUUCAAAUCAUAGUGGUUCACUUUACACCGGCCACUAUGUCGCUGAAUGUAAACAUCCGUUCACACAUGAAUGGCAUGAAUUUAACGAUUCAAAUGUUCAUACAAUCAACGAUGAAGAGAGUAUCAUAUCGUCGAAUGCAUAUGUGUUAUUCUACGAACGACAAUAA